AUGACCCACGCUGAGCCAAUGACCUUCACAGACGGCCUACCUCUGCCACGCCUCAUCGCUUUUGACCUGGACCACACAUUAUGGCCAUUCAAGGUCGACGCGGAUGUUAGCGAGCCGGUCGAGGCUCGCGACAACAAUUCAUGCAUCGUGGACCGACGGGGUAAGUCCUUCGCCUUCUAUCCCGCUGUAUCUUCAAUCCUCUCCUCCUGCAAGGAUCGCUCAAUCCCCUUGGCACUCGCUUCGCGGAGCCAUGCUCCCGAUUUGGCCCUUGCCAUACUCGAAGCCCUGCACAUCAAUCCCGCGUUCUCGGAUAACACCACUCUAAAUACGCCCUCUGUGUGCGCGCGGAACUACUUUGACUACAUCCAAAUUGUCCCUGGGACUAAAAAGCAACAUUUUAUGCGCAUCCAUCAUGCCAGCGGCAUUGCCUAUGAGGAUAUAUUGUUCUUUGACGACGAAGCGCGUAACCAUGACGUGGAGACUGAGCUUGGGGUCACAUUCUGUUUGAUUAGGGGUGGAAUAACUAGGGACGAGGUGGAUCGCGGAGUUAGGGCAUGGCGGAAGCGGAAUGGGAUUGGACAGAAGACGACUGAUAAUGAGUAUUCCAUAUAG